AUGGAACCUCUAGUCCCGUUCCAACAAUACGGAAUACCAGCGGUUCCAGAGGUGCCCGUUCCAAUCUCACCAUUUGCGUCAGCCAUAGUACCGGCUACUCAAUUCCUUCCUGAGUUGCCUCCAUUCCAAGUAAUCGUACCUGAACCUUUGCCAAUUGGCCAUAUUCCGGCUGAUACCUACGGUCCGCCAAUCGUCCAUGAGGCUCCAAUUGUGCCUGCACCAUUUGUGCAUACCGAAGUCUUGCCAACUGUUUCUGUCCCAGCUCCUGUAGAAGUGCCAACCAUAGUUUACGGCCCACCGGAAUUGCCAGUCGUUCAUAGCGAAGUUCUCUCAUCUGGUCCAUACCCAGCGACCGUGGUCAAUGCUCCAUACAUCCCAACAGUUGUUGUUCCAGAAUUACCAACUCCAGUUUAUGGCCCACCAAUUGUUUCCAUUCCAGAAAAAGUUGUCAACGCCCCUUAUCCAGCAGCCCUUAAAAUUGCCACCCACUACGGUGAUCCCGUUUUGAAAGUUUUCCAAGUCUUCAAGAAAUAA